CCCUGCAUCACGACCCCAAGAACUGUCAUGGCGGUUUCUCUUGUAUCUGUCUAAAAGUUGUGAUAUGAAAAUGUGUAAAUAAUUACUUGGUUUGUCACACACCACCUGCUCCAAUCACGUUAAGUACCUGAUAACAAUGGUGCUUCUGUGAAAUAUGCAGAAGGUUGGUAGGAUACACAUUUAAAUGAACAGUAGUUUCUUUAAUUCAAACGAUAUUUAAAUAAAAAAAACGAUUAAUAUAGCUUAGUAAUUCACAAUGGGAAAACAAAAUAGUAAAUUGAAGCCAGAAGUGCUCGAGGACCUUAAACAAAAUACUGAAUUUUCAGAUGCUGAAAUUCAGGAAUGGUAUAAAGGAUUCUUAAAAGAUUGUCCUAGUGGCCACUUAUCUGUAGAAGAAUUUAAAAAAAUUUAUGGUAAUUUUUUCCCAUAUGGCGAUGCAAGUAAAUUUGCCGAGCAUGUCUUCCGUACAUUUGAUGCAAAUGGUGAUGGCACCAUUGAUUUUCGAGAAUUUUUAUGUGCACUAUCAGUAACUUCACGAGGCAAAUUGGAGCAAAAAUUAAAAUGGGCUUUCUCAAUGUAUGAUUUAGAUGGGAAUGGAUACAUAUCACGACAAGAGAUGUUGGAAAUUGUCACGGCAAUUUAUAAAAUGGUCGGUUCAGUGAUGAAAAUGCCUGAAGAUGAGAGCACACCAGAAAAACGUACUGAUAAAAUAUUUCGUCAAAUGGAUCGAAAUCGUGAUGGUAAGUUAAGUUUGGAAGAAUUUAUUGAAGGAGCUAAAAGUGAUCCUUCAAUUGUCCGAUUAUUACAAUGUGAUCCACAAGCGCAGUAAGUCAUUUAAUAAAUAACGGCGCACCUAUCACAACACAACACCACUUCUUCCACAUUAUCCAAAAAAAAUUAGUGCGUGCAAAUGGUGUGGGUUGCGUUUGGUGCUCAUCAAAUCUCAGACUUUUAUUAAUUGUGUGAUGAUGAAUUUUCAAAUUUAAAACAAAAAAAGCGUUCAAGAAAAAGACGCUUAGAGUUGUGUGUUUUACCUUUUUUUCU